AUGAUAGUGGAAAUAAUCGUGAGUAAUAAAAAGGAAAAAUUGGAUAAAUAGGACACUUUGAACUUGGAUUUGUCACAUUAGGAUUUCUAGAAGAUAUUUUAGGAAAAUAGGAUUUUAGAUCUUGUAAAAUACCAAAGUACCCUUAAUUUACCAAUUAUGUUGAAUUUAAAUUAUAAAUUAUAAUAAUUUUCGUAAUAGAUUUUAAUGUUAAAAUUAAAAUCUAUAAAAAUUAAAAAAUAAAAAAAACACUAAAUGGGAAAAAAGGAGACGCGGGAUGCCGCAAACCUAAUUCCCCUUUCUCUUUGUCUUCUCCGUCGUAGACUCGUCGCUCUCCCACGGCGAUUUAGGGUUCAACGGUGAGAAGCUCUGUUCUUCGUCGGUGUUUCAUCAGCCCGUGGUCUCUACUCUCGUCUCCGUCACCAUCCUUUUCGAUCUCACUGAAGACACAACGGCUGCGAAUCGUUCUUCCUCUUCGUCGGGUCAAAUCGAUUUUCGAAGUGUUCUUCCAUCAAUUUCGCCUCUCAAUCUCACAAUUCUUCACAGAAGGUAUUGGAUUUCAUCUAUAGAUUCUCAUAUUAAACGAAAUCGAAGUGUUCUUCCAUUAAAGCUUGAUUUUUUUUUAAAAUGAUUUGCCGUGUUUCUUAAAAUAAUUUUGUUUCACGGAUUGGUUGAUAUUAUUGAAACCUUUACAUGUGUGAUGAUAUUGAAACCUUUACAUGUUGAACUAAUAAUUUUGUCACGGUUUGUAGCUAUGUCUGAGGAGCUACCGAAGAGGCUUUUUAAGGAGGGCGAGGAGCCCCGAGUUACUCAGAUCAACAACAACUGCAGGAUCGACUACAUAAUCCGAAAGUUCCAAGCGUGGCUGCCAAAGGAGUUGGAUGUCGUGAAGAAAGACCCAGUUUUUCAUCAGAUUUUUAAGCUCCAUGAGAAUGGUCUUGGAUACUCUGCGAGGGUGAUACACAGCUUCUUGUGUAGGGAGCUGGUGACUUUCUUACAGCACGAGCUAUGGUUUGUCUUUGCGAGGAGACCGCUUCGAUUCUCAUUGCAAGAGUUCCACGCCGUAACCGGGUUUGAAUGCGAUACUCACAUUUCGAUUGAGGAGUUUGAAGAGUGGAAAUAUGAUGGUGGUUUCUGGAGCAAGGUUUUGAGGAGAAAAGAUGGAACAAUUACACUCUUCAACCUGUGGACUAAGGACAAGGAAGCUGUAAAGAAAUGGAAGAAUGCAGAUCGCAUACGUCUUAUCUACUUGGCGAUCAUUCUUUGUGUGGUAUUGGCGAGAGAUGAGAAGGCUAAUAUCCCCCUGAAGUACAUCGCGGUGGUCAUGGAUCUUGACAGAGUUCGAAGGUAUCCUUGGGGAGUUGCUGCUUAUGACCUUCUCUGCAAAUCCAUAGCCAAAAAUCGUUCCCAACUGAAGGAAAAGACCACUAGCUAUGUCUUGGAUGGCUUCUCAUACGCCUUGCAGAUUUGGGCAAUGGAAGCGGUGCCAAAAAUCGGGAAGCUUUGUGGAAAAAAGCUGGAUAAGGGUUUCAAGGACGGUCCUAGAUGCAUAAACUGGAUGGGAGCUGCGAAGGUGUCAUAUGAGGAGAUCAUUCGCUUGGAGGAGAUUAUUACACCCAAGGAUGACAUCUACCCAUACAUCUCAUGGACAGGAAAUUAUGAUGUUGUCAAAGCUCAGGCGUUUCGCAGAGAUGAUGAUGUGGAGGAUGACAGAAUCAAGGUUCUGAUGGAGAUGAUAAAGAAGGGGCAUGAUUUUAGUGAGCAUGUUUGGGAAACUGAAGAAAAUGAAGUGAUUUCUUUAUCUCUCGAUGACGAAUCAGCUGUGAAUGAUGAAGCAAGCGUGAAUGUUGAAGCAGCCGAGAGUGAUGACGACUUUCAGACUCCGAAAGGAUCAAAAAACGUUGGUUCUAGAUCAAAGAGGGGUAAAAAGAGGCUUCCCGAUCGUGGUAUGGAGAAGAGAAAGCAUAAGGUUCUCGCAAGUGGCGCAAAGCAAGCUCCUUUUAAUGAAGACAUGAAGGCUUUUAUGACACAGUUGUUUGAGCACAACUUCUCUGGAAUGGAACAAAGGAUACAGAAACAGAUGGCCGAGACAUUUGAGCAGAUGCGGACAGAGCUUAAACAAUCACGUAAGGAAGCCAGCGUUGAAGUUGAGCUUGGAGAGCCUUCACCGACAAAGCCAUCGACGAGCCAGGCACCGUUGAGGAGGUCCACACGCGGGGAUGGUUCCGAGACUACAUUCGAUGUGAAUUAUAGUGAAGCAGAUGAUUUGGGUCGCGGGAUAGGUACACAAGGGGUUGAAGGGCUUUCUCAGACGUCGUAUGUGCCAGGCUUUGAUCCAUCUCAGGACAAAAAAGAAGAAGACUGGUGGACUCCAAUGACUUCGGUCCGAGGUUCAGUGGAUAAUCCAGUAAAGAAAGAAAAGACAGAGAUGAAUACAGCUCCACCGCCGUCACAGUGGGAGAAAUGGUGCAAAAGAAAAGGUCAUGGACUUCAGCUUAGCGAUUCACCAUUGCCAGAAGAUGCUUCUCCGCAGGCGUCACUUUAUUAUAUCUCCGAAGAGUCAUGGAAAGGAUUCACGGAAUGGGCAUUAAAGCCUAUACCUUUAACAAUUGGUCCUACAUGCUUUAAUUUGUCUGUAGCUACAAGAGUAGUAAGUGCUGGAAAAUGGCUUGGAAACGAGGUAAUGAAUCUUGUACUAACCUUUAGUGAAUUUAUCUUCCUAACACUUCUUAUAUGCUAUAUUACUUAACUUUCAUUGUAAAUUUUUAGGAGAUGGAUGCGGUUAUGUUUAUAUGGCGUGUGAACACUACAUUGAAUCGUUGGGCCCCUCGGCGUGUUGCUUUCAUGAGUGCUAUGUUUUGCCUCCAAGUAGACGCUGCAUACAAGAAGUUUUUACCAAACAAAAAAGCCUAUCAAUUGCCUGAUUUCCUUCUUGGGUACGGCAGAGGAGAGCUUCCAUCUCAUGGGCGGACUGAUCUAGUUUGGGGUGUUGAUGUUGAUCGACUCUACUUUCCUCUGUUUGUAAAUGGUAACCAUUCAGUUCUUUUUACAUCCUAGUAUACAUUUCUUCGUUUACAAAUUUUUGUGGACACGAACGCAGGUAAUCACUGGGUUGGUGUCUGUGUAAACAUCAUUGAAAGAAAAGUAGAAGUCUUUGAUUGCGGUCGGGGAAAGAACAGACAGUACGUUGAGAAGUUUGCUGCUAUCAUUCCUAGGAUUGUGAAGUCCGUUGCACCACAAGAAAGACAGAAGCAGCUACUCCUCUCAUCAUAUUCUAUCGUGGAUGUGCCUAUGAAGUUGAGAUUGAAUAAAAGUUGUUGUGAUUGCGGUGCAUACGCUUUGAAGCACUUGGAAUGCUCGCUGCUUGGUCUUGACGUCAGUUUAGUGGAUGAUGAAAUCAUUAUGGGUUGUAGACAGAAGAUUGGAGUGGACUUAUGGGAGGCUGCACACGACCCCAUCUUUGCUGAGGUUAUGACACGAUAU